AGAGAAGUUGGUCAGAAAAUAAACACGGCUUUAACCGCUACUAUUUUUUCUCACAGUCUUUGUACAUUUAUGUAGAAUGGAUCUCUCUCUAUUUCUCUGUGUGACGGUGAAGAGACGUGAACUAAUCCAUCUGUCAUCAUAUAGGAAGUAGAGGGGUUUGUCAGAAGAACUGUAGUUCAGAGAUCGUCGGCAGGACAGAAUGGAGCCCACCUUGCUCUGUGUGUUACUCUUGCUGAAUACACACAUCAACUCUGGACACUCUGAAGAUGAUGAUGGAGUGGCAAAGGCUGUCCUGACCAUACACCCCAACAGCUCCCAGAUAUUCAGUGGAGAGUCUGUCACUCUCAGAUGUGACAUACAGGGGGGAGGAGUCACUGACUGGGAGUACAGAUGGUUAACACCCAGUCCAGAUCAAUGUCCACAGAAAGAACAUGAAUGUAUUAUCGGUGCAGCUGAGUUUUCCCACAGUGGUGACUACAGUUGUCUGGGUUCACAUCAGCAGCAGGAUUCUAAAUGGAGUGAUGCAGUCAGACUGACAGUGACACCUCUGCCCAAAGCUACACUGACUGUAGAGCCAAACCCUGUGUUCCCUGGAGAGACAGUUACUCUGAUGUGUUCAGUAGGGUCUGACAGUAGCUGGAGCUAUAAGUGGUACAAAGACAGGAAUGAUAAUGUAGUAUCCCAGUCUGUCAGACACACUAUAACAGGAGACACCCUCACCAUCAGUGGAUCAACAGUGAAUGAGGGUCCCUACUGGUGUCAGGGAAAAAGAGAGUCCAGACCCACUUCUUCAUCCAUCAGUGACCCUGUCACUAUCACUGUCAAUGCUCUGCCUGUGGCCUCAGUGAGUGUCUCUCCUCAGGGUCUCCUCUACUCUGGAGAGACAGUCAGUCUCCAGUGUGUCAUACCAGACUACACAGACUGGACGUACUACUGGUCCAGAGACAACCAACACCUUCCCAGUCAGACCAGUAAAGUCAUAAAUAUCACCAUCCCCAUCACUCUGACUGGUCAGACUGGUCAGACUGGUCAGUAUAGAUGUGAGGGGCUGAGGACAGAUCGGCCCCAGAGGUCAAUACCCAGUGAUGACAUCACCAUCAGUGUCACUGCUCUGGCCAAAGCUAAACUGACUGUAGAACCAAACCCUGUGUUCCCUGGAGAGACAGUUACUCUGACGUGUUCAACACGGUCUUACAGUAGCUGGAACUAUCAGUGGUACAAAGACAGGAAUGAUAAUGUAGUAUCCCAGUCUGGUUACAGUAACAUUAGAGUCUCUCACACCAUCAGUAGAGCUGCUGAGUCUGACCAGGGUCGGUACUGGUGUGAAGGGAACAGAGUGUCUAGACCCACAUCUUCACUACCAAGUGAUCCUGUCACUCUCACUGUAAAAGAUUAUCAGCCAAAGACCACACUGACUUCAGACAAAGAGAACAUAUUCACAGGAGACAGUGUGACACUGAGCUGUACUGUAGAGUCUUCUGGAUGGAAGUUUUACUGGUACAGACACAGACCAGACUCUACACCAGUAACCACAACCUCUGGAUACUCCUACACACUCAGCUGGGUCAGUGUCUCUGAUGGAGGACAGUACUGGUGCAGAGCUGGGAGAGGAGACCCAGUCUACUACACCCUGUACAGUGACCCAGUCCAGAUAAACAUUACUGAGAGACCUGUUGCUGUUCUGAUCCUCCAACCCUACUGGACCCAGAUAUUCAGAGGAGAGACUGUUACUAUGAGAUGUGACAUACAGGGAGGAGGAGACACUGACUGGGACUACAGAUGGUAUAAGAAUAGUCGGUUAUUCAGCCACUUUAACACAAAGCCUGAACAUAGAAUCAGUCCUGUCUACAGGUCUAACAGUGAUUCAUAUACCUGUGAGGGUGUAAAGGGAAACAAGCUCUCCAAGACCAGUGAGGCUGUAAAACUGACCGUGUCUGAUCAACCCCAACCUGUCCUGAGUAUCUCUCCUCAGUGGCUGAACCCUGGAGACUUAGUGACUCUGAGCUGUGAAGUUGACAAGACUUCUACAGGCUGGAGGUUCUCCUGGUACAGGACUGUUCCCUACAGAGCUGGGUUACCCUCCCUAUCAGACAAGUCUUACUCUCUACAGCCCCUAUCUGACAAUGUGACUAGUGAAGACUCCUACACUCUGAUCCCUGCUGGUGCUACUCCCACAGGAGGAUAUGUGUGUAGAGCUGGGAGAGGAGACCCAGUCUAUGAUACACUCUACAGUCAACCUCAGUGUCUCUGGUCAGGAGAUCUGCAGCCUUCAGUGUCUCUUACAGUAAAUCCCAACACAACUCAACACUUUACAUCAAAGUCUCUCUCACUGAGCUGUGAGGAGAAGGGGAACUCUACUGGAUGGAGACUGAAGAGAUACACAGAGACAUCAUGGCCGUCACAGUGUCCAUCUACCUGGAGAUCAAUAACAGAAUCCACCUGCACCAUCACAUCAUUGGACACAUGGUACAGUGGAGUGUUCUGGUGUGAGACUGGAUCAGGAGAGUACAGUAAUGCUGUCAACAUCACAGUAAAUGCUGGUGAUGUGAUCCUGGAGAGUCCUGUCCAUCCUGUGACUGAAGGAGACUCUGUGACUCUGACCUGCACAUUUAGAUAUCAGGAAACAAAUCCUAAACUCAAGGCUGAUUUCUACAAAGAUGGAGUACUCAUCAAGAAUGAGACCACAGGAGAGAUGACCAUCCCUACAGUAUCCAAGUCAGAUGAAGGAUUCUAUAAGUGUAAAUCUGAUGAAGGAGAAUCACCAGAGAGCUGGGUGACAGUGAGAGUUUCUCCAGUCGUAUCUCCUGGAUCCUCUACAUCAGUCCUAGUAGGAGUGGUUGUGGGUCUGGUUGUUGCUGGUGUUCUACUGGUCAUUCUCCUGGUCCUGCUGUGGAGAUAUCAAAACAGAAAAGGUUCCUGUUUCAACAGAAUAUUCUGGCCCCCUCAGCCCCAGAGCACCAACCAGGACCCCCAACAGGACCAAGGAUCUACCCAGGGUCAGGCUCCUGAUACUGUGUAUACACAUCUCCAGCAUGGUGACACUAACAUCUACGAUACGAUCAAUCCCUCAGACAACAAUGAUAAUGAUGCUGCUGGUGCUUCUGCUGCUGGACCAAGUCAUGUGACUUACGCCCAGAUUCAACUCAAAAAGUUGGACAAGAAAAAGAAAGAAAAGCGAGAUUAUCUAAAAGAAAAUCCAGUCUACUCUGAGGUGAAGACAGGGAAAGCCACAGCAGCAGCUGGACAUUUUGAUGUGACCUAUGCUGAGGUUGAACUCCAAAAGAAGGUCAAAGCCAAGAAGAAGAGAGAAAUACCAAUCCCGCCUAAGGCAGAAUCUGUCUAUUCUCUAGUGAAGCCAUACACAGCCCCCGCAGCUGGACCUGUUGAUGUGACCUAUGCUGAGGUUGACCUCCAAAAGAAGGCCAAAGCCAAGAAGAAGAGAGAAGCAGCAACCCCACCAGAGGCGGAUUCAGUUUAUUCUCCAUUGAAGCCACGUUCAUGCCCCAGUCCUUGA